AAGAACGCAUCCGUUUAAUCCUGGAUCUGGAUAUUAUUCGCCACACUAAUAUAGAAACAGCAAGAAGAGACGCUCACUGCACAAAAACCUUCGUCCACCAUUUUCAUGCUCCUGCCCUAGAGUAUAAUCGGCAGAUCUCUCUCAAUUCCAUUUCAAUUAUAGUGACAAAAGAUUCCAAUGGCUGCUUCGGAGGAGAACAGUGGACUCUUCCCGAUCUUCAUUUUAACGAUGAUUGCACUGCCGCUUGUACCUUAUACAAUCAUGCAGCUUUGUCGUGCUGCCUCAAAGAAAGAAAAGAGCAUCAACUGCCAGUGCUCUGUUUGCUCUAGAUCAGGAAAAUACCGCAAAUCAAUAUUCAAAAAGAUCUCAAACUUCUCAACAUGGAGUAACUUGACAUUGGUAUUGUUUUGGAUCAUCAUGGGUGUCCUUGUGUACUAUAUCAAGACCAUAAAUCGUGAGGUUCAAGUAUUUGAACCAUUUAACAUUCUUGGAUUACAACCUGGAGCUUCUGAUUCUGAAAUAAAGAAGGCAUAUAGAAGACUCUCUGUUCAAUACCAUCCUGACAAAAAUCCAGAUCCAGAUGCCCACAAAUAUUUUGUGGAAUCCAUUGCCAAGGCAUAUCAAGCACUUACAGAUCCAAUCUCCCGUGAAAACUUUGAAAAAUAUGGUCAUCCAGAUGGUCGACAGGGGUUUCAAAUGGGAAUAGCUCUUCCUCAAUUUCUGCUAAACAUAGAAGGUGCAUCUGGUGGGAUUCUAUUACUAUGGAUUGUUGGUGUUUGUAUCCUACUUCCAUUAGUGGUGGCUGUUGCAUAUUUAUCAAGAUCUUCAAAGUAUACGGGAAAUUAUGUGAUGCAUCAAACACUAUCUGCUUACUAUUACUUCAUGAAACCUUCAUUGGCCCCUAGCAAAGUUAUGGAUGUUCUUAUCAAGGCUGCUGAAUACAUGGAGAUUCCAGUUCGUAGGCCUGAUGCUGAACCCCUUCAGAAACUUUUUAUGUUAGUGAGAAGUGAGUUGAAUUUGGAUCUCAAGAAUAUCAAACAAGAACAGGCAAAGUUUUGGAAGCAGCAUCCAGCAUUAGUAAAGACAGAGUUGUUGAUUCAAGCUCAUUUGACUCGUCAAACAGCAACAUUAACCCCGGAAUUACAGAAUGACUUCAAACGUGUAGUGGAGAUUGCACCCCGACUUCUUGAAGAGCUAAUGAAGAUGGCAGUGAUACCACGCACAGCUCAAGGGCAUGGGUGGCUAAGACCUGCAGUUGGUGUUGUUGAGCUUUCUCAAUGUAUCAUCCAGGCUGUUCCUCUUAGUGCAAGAAAACCAUCCGGAGGCUCUUCAGAAGGCAUUGCACCCUUUCUUCAGCUUCCUCAUUUCAACGAGGCCGUCAUAAAAAAGAUCACCCGAAAGAAAAUAAAAACCCUUCAAGAGCUUCGGGACAUGUCACCCGUUGACCGCGUUGACUUCCUUUCAGAAACCGCCAACUUCUCUCCAACCGAAAUCCAAGACAUCGAAUCCGUACUUUCCAUGAUGCCAUCAAUCACCCUCGAAGUCAAAUGCGGGACCGAAGGUGAAGAAGGCAUUCAAGAAGGCGACAUAGUCACUGUCCAAUCAUGGGUCACUCUAAAAAGAUCCAACGGCUUGACCCGUGCUUUACCACAUUCCCCAUUUUACCCUUUCCACAAAGAGGAAAACCAUUGGUUCCUCUUAGCCGACCAAACCUCAAACAACGUUUGGUUUUCGCAAAAACUCAGUUUCAUGGACGAAUCAGCCGCCAUAACCGCCGCCUCAAAGUCAAUAGAGGAGUCAAUGGAAGGUUCCGGGGCAAACCCUGGAGAGAUUGGGAAAGCGGUUAGGGAGGCGGUUGAGAAAGUCAAGACUGGGUCCCGCUUGGUCAUGGGGAAGUUUCAAGCCCCAAGUGAAGGGAGUUAUAAUUUGACUUGUUUUUUGUUGUGUGAUUCGUGGAUUGGGUGUGAUAAGAAGACCGGGGUGAAAGUUAAGGUGGUGAAGCGGACACGGGCGGGGACACGUGGCGGGCUGGUGGAGGAAGUGGCGGAGGAUGGUGGGGAGGAGGAGGAGGAGGUUGAGGAAGAGGAGUAUGAUGAGGAUUAUGAGAGUGAGUAUAGUGAUGAUGAUGAAGAAGAAGAAGAUACUAGUAAUAAAAAUAAAAAUAAAAAGGAAAAUAAGAAAAAGGAAAACCGGGCAAAUGGGAAAGGGCCCGCAUCAAGUUCGGGUUCGGAUGAUGAAUGAUAAAAAAGUUUGUUUUUUAGGUUAGAAUUACAAAAGAUUUUAUCAUCAUAUACUAAUCUUGGAUAAUUUCAUUUUUGGUUGGUUACUUGUAAACUAGGGUUUGAAAGUUGAAACCCAUAAUGACAGUUUGGGUCCUUGCGGAUUG